AUGCCAAGCCAUGAAUUGACCCCUCAAUCGUCGGCAGCUUCAUCUCCAUGCUCGUCUUCUACCUUUUUCUGCAAUGUCGACGAGGAAUUAGCCGAACAGUCAUCUAAUGACAUGGUCACUAUGCCGUCAUGUUUUGAACACUUCCUCCGGAAAGCUUCAGUUCUUGAUAUGGUUCAGAACGUUGAGCUUUUGGAAGCAAUCUCGAUUUGCCUUCAGCUACUCGAAACUGCCAUUCACCCUCUCCGAGAACUUCAACGGGCCCUUGGCAUCAAACCGGUGGAAAUUCCUGAGAAGUACAGCACCCAGAUAGUCUCCGGUACCAAGGAAUACAUCGCACACCUAGAGCAAGAAAUCGUCGAAAGCUUUGAACUUGAUAUCGAUAUCAUUUGCGUCCUGCCCAAAGGGUUUGCCGAUCGGUUUGGAACUCAAGCUCCUUUGAUUUAUCACAUGAUAUUUGACGAAGACAGACUAUUGGUGACGAUGAGGAAGCUGCGGAUGCAUUGCCAAGACUCUGAGCACGUGCAGUGGUUGCCGGUGACCCUUCGGUAUGCUGCUGCCACCAUCAUCGUGGUUCUGCUUCCCGAGUACGACCUCCGCACAUCCCCCAACCGGCAAGUACAAAUCAACAGAAACUUGAGAUGGCCCAGUGUCCAGCAGGAGGCCUACAAUUCGGCAAGGCGACCUGGCAGGCGCUCCGCUGAAGACACCGCAGAGGCUCAUUAA